AUGAUAGUACUACAGCUGCUAGUGACGAACCCAGUGGAAAUCUCUCCAUUGACGAAGUAUCUUGAUGAGAUUCGGGACAUAGCCAAUAGUGAAAAGGAUACAUCUGAGCCCCAAGAAGUCCCACAGAGCUUCGACAUAUUCAAUACACUUCCCUAUGAACUGCGGCAACAAAUAUUCAGCCUGCUUCCUUUGUCGUCUGUGUUGGCUCUUAGAGCAGCGUCUUGGUCGAUGCACACGACCCAACUUCCAGAGAAAAGCUGGAAAGCAAGGCUGGAAUACGAUCUCCCUUGGCUCUGGGAAGUUCAUGGUAUUGAUCUGACUGGCUCGCAGAAGCUGGAGGCUAGGCUAUCCAAGACAAUUGUUGAGCUGGAAGGGAAGAGUCAGUAUAGGAGUGACAAAGUCGAUUAUAUUCCCGGACUUGCAAAUAGAAGGAGGAUUUGGAUGGUUUGUGAGGACAUUAAAGACAUGUAUCAUGAAACGUUAGCGGAAAGGGCAAAAAUCUAG